CACUUUGAACAACAAAUCCAUGUGGUGAUGGCCGAAGAUCAUGCUUCUAAAACGAAAAUAAAACACCGAAAAUUCUCACAAAAUAAUAAAAAGCAAGCAAAACAUACAAAAGAUGUGAUACAACCAAGGUUGCCUAAAACUGCCAGUGAGGUUUCUUCAAACUGGAAAGCUUUAUCCGCAGUAAGUAAUAAGUAUUUCAUAGAGUAAUUUAUGUUCAUUUUUAGACCUUUUUAAUACAGUCAGGGUUGGAAAACGUGAAGAUUUCACGCCGACUGCUUACGUCAGAACGCUAUAUGAGUGACUUAAAAGUACACAGGGGCGGAUUCAGCGUUUUGGAUGACAGGUUUACUAGGUCCACACAACCACUAGGGAGGUCCGGGGCAUGGAGCCCCGGGAAAUUUUUAAAAUUCGGGCCUCUGAAACAGCAUUUCCUGCGUUCUGGCGUCACCUUUUAAAUUAAUUUAAUGGUUAGAAAAUACAUGGUUUUAAGAGAAUUUUGGACUAAUAUACACAGCUCAUACAAUGAAUUGAACCUUUUCGGAAACUUAUUAGCUGGUGAUAAAAAUAUAGGAUUGGCAAAUUGCUGACGCAUCGAUAUUUAUUAUACUAAGUAACACAAGUAGAGAUGCUUUUAAUAUAAACAUAGUUGUAAUUUUAGAUCUAUACGCUUUCAAACCAACCACUUUAACAAUGAAAUAGAAACCAAACUGCAAGAGCGUGAAAGCUUUAUAAUUAUUUCCUGAUUCUCUAUCGCGAACGCAAUGAUUCGGUUACGCAAUAUUAUACACAUAUUUCGCGCUAUCAUGAGUGUAGACUGUAUAGAAGUUACACGUAUAAACAUCGAUACGCUUGUCGACGGAUCAAUAUUUAUUAUACAGUAAGUAGAAAUAGCUUACAGUUAUAACUUUAGACAAAAUACUUUUAAACAAACCUUCAAAAUGAACAAGAAAUCCAUGUAAAUGCUUCUAUCGCCAACGCAAUUGUCAGUCACGCAAAAUUAUAAACAUAUUUCGCGCGUCCUCGAGUUCUGUUAACUUUCAUUCCCAAUUUUCUCUAAAUACUGCUCGACUCACACGUUUAUGACCGGUUUACAUCCGGCGGAGCGCAGCCGUUUAGCCAAUCGAAUGGCGUAUCGACCAGUUUACUCUAAUUGAGAAAACUCUGACCACCGGUUUACUCAUAAUUGCGGGCGGUUAUGUGUGAUUCAUGCGAUGUUUCAGUCCACGACCCACGACGACACAUCAGCAGAUUAUUUGUCUAGUAAUACAACAUUUUGUAAGAGGAAACCAACGCGAUAAGUCCUUAAUUAAUUAAAUGCUUACUAUGUAAGUGCGUCUAAAUACGCUCAGUAAUCCAGAAUCAAAUUUCAAUAAGAGUAUUUAAAUGGCGUAAUAGAUUAGACAACAUCAAGUUUAUGAAACAGAAUAUUCUUUAAAUUAGUUAUAUAUUUACAUGGAAGGUUACAGAUUUUCUUUCUUUGGAGAAUCUGACAGGUUUAUAUAAACCUGUCAAACCUGUCUGAAUCCGCCCCUGAGUACAUGCGUGUUGGAGGUUUUGCUCUUGCUUAAAGUGGCUGCAGCCUGCAGUUAAUAAUUUUGUUUAUAUAUAAUCAAUCUUUCAGUAUUCACAAACCUUCUCAAUAAUAUAUUACACAAAAUCAUCAAAUUGCGAAAGGCCUUUUAUUUCAGCAGUAAGGUUUUAAAUGAGGAUAAUCAGUGUAACAUCCAUGGAUCUGGCAACCUAAUACAGUAACAUUCCACCUAGAGAUGUGCCGGGCGGACCAGGGUGCAUUCGUUGUAAAUGCUACGCCGAAGGUACGCCCCAGAAUGUAAAGUAUUAUUUUUGUACAGGGAACUUUUCUGUUGUCAGGAACUUGGCAGUUGCCCGAAACGUUACCGAAGGCAGAACAUUUGAGAAAAUUUCAAAAAAUUUGGUGUCUCUAUAUCGUCUGAAAUGGCAUUUUCAGAGUUUUCUCUACCCUUCGCAAGGCCCAACACGUACAGUAAGAGUCAAAAUAAAUCAUUAGUUCAUAAAAAAAUAUGCAGAUUUUGUAGGAUUUUCUUGAAAAUACGCGGACAGAAAUUCAGCUAAAAUUUCUGUGCAGGGAAUGCGUUCCCUGCGCAGGCCAAACUUUACAGUCUGGGAUAUGCCUUAAAGCAGUCGCAACGCUACACCAACAUCCCACCCUGAUCCAUUCUUCCGACUCUCACCCACGCCAGGGCAUAUGAGUUAGUUAUCCAAAAAUUCAACAUGUUUUAGGAAUUUACGCCAUUUGAUGUAUUUAUUGGUAUUUAUGCGCCACCAAGUUAAAAACAGCAUACACCAUUACGCCAGGAAAGACGAUUGUCCCCAGUACACCAAGGCUUACUGUAACUCUACGCCGAAGCUGUAGAAGUUGUUAUAGCUGGCAAAAUAUAGACAUCUUGCACUAUCCAGUAUCUGAUAAAAGUUUGUCAGAUAUUGCUGGUACUUUUAUUAUAAAUGCAAACGUUAAAAUGUUGUGUUAAAAUGUUGUGAAACACAAACAACUACAGUAGUCUUCUGAUACCGUACACUGUUGUACACAUGUGACAAAUUAUGAGUUUUAUAUACUGCUCUCUUUUAUAUAUAUUUAACAAUUAGUUCCUGAAGGCGAGGUGAUUAUCGGGGAAUAUUCACCGAGAUGAAGUCAAUGUGAAUAUUUAUCAUUUAUAGACCCGGAGCAAGGGAGAUUCGGCGUAAUAUUUCCUGAAGUGAUGAUAUUUUCCGAGGGGCUUUGCCCCGAGGAAAAUAUCAUCACUGAAUAAACUUUAAAACUUGCUAAAUAUUAACUACGUUUCCUCUUUAAAAUAUUUGACCAUGUAUCCUUUGGAUCAUUAAAGGUAACAUAUGUCGUGAAAAUCUUUGGUUAAAUCAAAUCUUCUGUACCAAAUUACAAACAACAUCAACAACAGCUCGCGAAUGCCAUAUUGUUUCAGAGCGUGGUGUCCACAUGUGAGUGUGGGACACCAUUUUGGCGUUCAAAAAUAUCUUGAUUUUAUUUUGAACUGGCUGUCUUGUUUUCUCGCUGUUCUAUUUGCGAAAUUAUUCCGAAGGUAUCUAUCAGCAUGGAAACUUAUCCUCAUCUGGUAUGUAGUCAAAUACCCCAUAUUUUUAUUACAUUUAAAUGCCAAAUUUGUACAUAUUUUUAUUAAUUCAUAUGGAUAUUUUAAGCCAUUUGUUAACUUAGUUCACAAAAACAUUUGUACAGUAAAACAAUCAUUGUGUAAUAUUUUAAACAGUCAAAACAUAGCAGGCAACAUUGCUAUUUAAUGAACAAUAUCAUAGGAAGCCAACAUUCUCAGCAGAUACAUUAAAUUAAAUGCUGGUCCUAUAUUUCUGUAACUCUCAUGUUCAAAACAACAGUCCAACUAUAUUAAAAGCUGUCAUCAAAUGUAGUGUUAGAAGCAAAGGUUAAAAUGUUAUGAGUUAAAAUACUUAUACAUUUUGGUUUUACACAUUAAGAGUUAAUUUUAAUUAGACAAAAUUUUUAGAAACAUUUUCAAAUGCUAAUAACAGAAUCCCCACCUGUCCUCAUUACAUCAAUUGUCAUUUUGCUUUCUAACAUAAAUGUUUUUGUUUAGAGAUUAAUACAAGAGUGAUGAAUAAAUGUACUGGAUAUUGGCUGGAUAAUUUUGUCAGAGCAACCCACUUGCAAGACAAUCUUACCUAAAUUCAUUAGUAUGGAAAAAAACUUAACAGCUAUAAUAAUCAUAUAUUAUAUAUGGAUGGAUCAGAUCAAUGGCUGUGCUGUGUGGAGAUGCUGUGUUAAACCGAACAGUGUGGUAUAUUAAUAACUGGUACACGACUGGAAUUGAAUUAUAUACUUUACUCAUGACCUUUAAAACAUUCUGUACUAUUCAGUGGUCUUCGAUAUAUGAUUGACCUCAUUGCUACAGUAAUGCAUGUUCCUCAAAUAGUUUUGUGUAUGUUACUCAACGGUUAACAACAAAUGUAAGCAAUCAAGUGUAAGCAACAAAUGACAGAACUUUUGCUUCAUAUGAUUACAAUAAAGUUUUGCAUGCAAUUUUUGUUUCCUGACUGCAUAAUUAUCUGUUACAAUCAUAAUCACAUAAAAUUACUGCUCUCCCCCACUGUGUAUAGCCUAACAGGGCUAAUUGGUAUGUGAAUCAGUUUUUUCACAGAUACAUGUACGCGUCGCGUACCUAUUUUUAAUCAUGUCAACAUGUCAGCUCCACAGCUAUUGCAAGGUUCUUUGCCAUUAUCUCUUACUGUACUAUUGACAAAGUAAUGACAAGUUCUGAUUCUGCCAGCUUGUUUUCAAAGCCAAGGAUUCUCGAAUCUGAGCAAUGACUGUUUUAUAACUUGAUUUUGCCAACUUCUCUGGUCAUGGCAACAUUUAGCUGGUUACAGACAAGCUUGUUUUCUAUGACAAAUUUUCAUAUGAUAAAUUUUUUUUGGCAAUUGCACUGUCUAGUAUGUACAACAAAUUUUCUAAUUGCUACAAUAUAGCUGUUAUUAUUAUAGUCAUUUCACCAAUAGAUUGCUGACCAACCACGUGCAAGUGCUCAAAUUACAGUACUUUGCAAGAUUUUCUUUGUUGACCAACACUGACGAGUAAAAUUUGUACUUUGCUAAUUCUUCGUAUGCAUGACAUGUACACUUCAAACGCUGGCAUAUUUGUUAUAGAAACUGGCUUAACAGUGGUGUAACUUUACUUUUUUGACCACUUUCCCUCAGGACAAGUUGGACGUGAAAGUUAGUUGCCCGGAAUAAAAUUCACUUGCCAUCAGACAAUGACCACUCAGGUAUAAAUUAAGGGGACAACAUGUCGACCUGUUCCCCCACUGCUCUAUAUGGCUUCUGCCUCAGAUCUAGCCUUGGCCCACAGAAAAAACAAAAUUUGAAUCAAGUACAUGCACUUUCAAAGAUGUAUCCGACAAUGAAAACAUAAACUUAAAGAUGCCCAGCUUUUUGUGGCAAGGCAACUUGCCCAAUCGGGUAAGCAAGAUAAAACGUUUACUUGUCGUUAUGAUAUUCACUUGCCCUGGGCAAGCAGGCAAGUGUUAAGUUACACCACUGCUGAAGAAUAUCAAUUGUGGAAAAGCUUUUUAGUAUUCUUAUACUCUUACAGGUAAUUCAAACCAACAAAGAACCAAAGAAAACCUUCAAAAGGAAAAGACUACCAAAUGAAUCUAAAGAGUUUACAAACAACAAAUCUAAACAGAUGCAGAGGUUGCAGUAAGUAUAAAAUGCAUUUUUCACCUCAAUGUUCGAAACAUUUUGUAUAAGGCCCAUUUCAGAUGCCGUUCCAGUCAUUUACUGAACUUAAUUGACUGAAUUUGGAGCGAGAAACGUUUGGCAGAGACUGUCGCAGUGUGCGAUGCUGGAGCGACGUCAUAUGUAAUGAUUCAUAUUUUGCCAGUGGUGUAUCUUGACCACUUUCCCUCAGGACAAGUUGGACAUGAAAGUUAGUUGCCCGGAAUAAAAUUCACUUGCCAUCAGAGACAAUGGCCACUCGGGUAUAAAUUAAGGAGACAACAUGUCGACCUGUUCCCCCACUGCUCUAUAUGACUAUACUAUAUGUUAUGUACCGGUCAAGGCUUGAAUUUUAUCGCCACAAUUGCCGUAGAGGGAGAACAAAAUGCUAUGGAUCAUUGCGGCAACGACAGCAAUUUCUUGCCGUAUAGUAUAAUUUUUGUAUCUGCGUGGAGCGCUAGAUACUAUGCUAUCGAGUUGUGGGUGGGUGUGUGCGUUAAACACUCAGGUCGACUAAUUAGAGCGGUACGCCUGCGAACAGGCCGUAAAACAAAUAUGGCGGCUUUCUACAGAGUGACGAGUAUUUUAUAUUUUGCUCUGGCUAUGUAUAUAACUCAAAAUUCUCGGAUAAAAACUUUUUGUUAUAUCUUAGAAGAUUGCCCAAAGUAACAUCGUAAAGCUUUUAGGUGAGUAACCGUGCAUGUCUUUUUAAUAAUAUCGAUUGUCUAUUCAUAAUUAAUAUAUAAUUUGUUUAUAUAUGGUACAUUUUAUAUACAGUCACAGAAUUCAGAAUUAUUAUGUUACGUUAAAAUUUUGUUAUAUGGUGCUUUAGUCACAGGACAUGCUAAUUAGGAUUAUAGGAUUGCUUCAUAACUGAGUAAAGUUAACAAAAUUUCUUUACAGAUUGUAUGUAUUUUUUUCAUUUAGCAUACAUUUAUAAAUGUGGGUACAGUAUUUACCUCGGCAAUUUUGUACUCAUUUUAUACAUAACUCUUAUUCUGUUUUUAUUAUAAACAAUGGUGGCUUUCUGACACAGGGGCGCCGGAGCCACGGGGGCAACUGCCCCCGUUGCCCAAACGUUUCAGGGGCAGCACGGGGGCAACAAGUUGCCCUUUUUUGCCAAAACUACACCUCGAAAUUUGUGCAUUAUUCACAGGAAUUGGAAUUUAGAACUAUUUUUAAGCAAUGUUUAAAGAUGCGGUACAGUCCGUAUGUAAACAAAGGAUUUGUUUACAUUUCGGUAUCCAAAAUAUAGAAUUUUAUUCGACAACUAUUUAUAUUUUCAUGAUUCUAUCAAGACACAACAAUCAAGCUUUGCAAGAACAAAAAAUGAAAUAAAAACCUAAAUAAACUGUUUGUAUAAUAAAAAGAGGGCUCCUUUGUUCACAUACGCAGAUCGGACUGUACAGCAUCUUUAAGCAACCUUUGCUUAAUUUUUAACCAGUUGUAGUAAAAUUAAUGCUAAAUCAAGGAAUAUACGUCUGUUUAAAAUAUAAAAACAACGGUAACUCCAAAAAUAAACAUUUUAAUAUUGUAGCUUUCGACUAAGAUUCAGUCAUCAUCAGGUGAAUCUUAGUCGAAAGCUAGAAUAUUAAAAUGUUUAUUUUCGGAGUUACCGUUGUUUUAUUUUAUUAAAAUACUCAGUGGUUCCCGUAAUUUUUAUACGUCUGUUUACUGAUUUUAUUUUGCGCCUUUAGCACUGUGUAACGAAUAGCUAAAAAUCAAUCAACAUUUCGAAGGUUGCGAUCCAUAAUAGACAGAAGUAAUCGAGUAUCCAUACAGUAAAGUGUUAACAAAUAUUGCUGCCCAGAAAAAUGAUGGCUGAGAAGCAAGUGCCCUUUUGAAAUGGCUGCCCCCGCCGCUUCACAUUGGCGCCCCUGUUCUGACAGUUGAUUGCGGUAGAGAGGAGACUGCAAUCUGAACAUUCUUUGUCAUAUCAAAUAUAAACAAAGUGACUAUACUGCCGGCAGCCGGGUAUUUAGUAAACUGCCGGCUAUAUACUGACUAUAGUUAAAUAUAAAAAAAACUUUUGUUGUUUGCGCUAGCUUUUAGCGAGCUUGCCGUUAGAGUAUACGGUAUAGGCGCUGCGUGCGAAAAGUGAAACGCCCGUCGGGUUGUGUUUUGUCUGACUUAGCUUUUUUUUCUUAGUCACUAUAUAGCCAGCAGUUUACUAAAUAGCUGGCUGUAUAGUCACUUCGAAAUAUAAAUGCUUACUAUAAUAAUAGGCAAUUCCAGCUUUUAAUUUAUGCGCGCAGGGGAUGACGGGAAGUAAGGUAUCAUAUUGCUAAUUAUGCUGAAAAAUUUCAAUAAAAACUGCCGAAACAACCGAAAUAUUUCAAUAUUUACAAGUAUAAGCUGUCACUCCGUGUUUACACGGCCGCCAUUUUUAUUUUUUCAUCAUAAUCAGCAAUAUGAUACCUUACUUCUUUCAUAGCAACUAUGAAAUUCCUUGGUGCAGAUACAUGUACGCCUAGCGUACCUAUUUUUAUACCAUUUACUGUGCAUCACUAUUUUGAUACUUGAAUUCAGAUUUUGAUCAAAUCAUGCGUAAACUAUACUAUUUUAGUCUCAGUUUUCUUCGAAAAAAAUCACUAAAGAAAUACGUAAACAUGUUUCUAGCUUGUCAGCAAUCCAAAAUAACAAUAAAGUUGAAUUUUUAUUACAGUUAUUUGAAAAAAUGCCGUGGAAGCUGCCGAAAUUGCCGUAGACAGCUGUUACGUUCUACGGCAAUUUUUAACGCCAUUGCCGUCGAUUGAUUUCAGGGAAAUUCGAACCCUGGUACCGGUACUGCCUCAGACCCACAAAAAAACAAAAUUUGAAUCAAGUACAUGCACUAUAAAAGAUAUAUCCGACAAUGAAAACAUAAACUUAAAGAUGCCAAGCUUUUUGUAGCAAGGCAACUUGCCCAAUUGGGCAAGCAAGUUAAAACGUUUACUUGCCCGUCAUGAUAUUCACUUGCCGCGGGCAAGUGUUAAGCUACACUUCUGAUUUUGCCCCACUCAUAUAUGUGCCAAACCUAACUACAUGUACAGUAUAUUGUUAGGAUUAGAGUAGCUAUCUCAUGUACAGUACUUAAUAUUUCUUUGGAAUUUACCUAUGGUGCUCCCUGUGAUUGUCACAUGCAGUUCACAAAUUGCGUCAGGCGUGCAGUUCACAACUUGCAUCAAGCCAGCAGUUCACAACUUGCAUCAAGCCAGCAGUUCACAACUUGCAGCAAGCCUGCAGUUCACAACUUGCAGCAAGUCUGCAGUUCACAACUUGCAGCAAGUCUGCAGUUCACAACUUGCAGCAAGUCUGCAGUUCACAACUUGCAUCAAGCCAGCAGUUCACAAAUUGCAUCAAGCCAGCAGUUCACAACUUGCAGCAAGUCUGCAAGUCACAACUUGCAUCAAGCCAGCAUUUCACAACUUGCAGCAAGCCUGCAGUUCACAACUUGCAUCAAGUCUGCAGUUCACAACUUGCAGCAAGUCUGUUGACAACUUGCAACAGACUUGAUAUUAUCAAGCCGGAGCAAGCGAUGCGAACGCAUCCUGAUAUCGGCUUGAUGAUCGCAGGUUGCAUCAAGUCUGCAGCAGACCUGCUGCAACUUGCGCGUUUCUGGCUGUGUCGGAAAGACUUGAAGAACAAGAACAAAGUCUAUACUAAUACAAAGUCAUACAUAAGCAAUUGAAACAAACUUGCCCUAUACUUUAGGAUUUCUCAUACUAAAUCAAUUCUUAUCAAUGUGUACGUUUAAAAAUUGAAAAAAGUUUUACAAUUUUACAUGUAUUUUUUAGUUUUUGCCUUCUUCACUCCUGGCAGCAGUCGUAUUUUGAGAUCAGUGAGAUGACCACACAUACACCAUGCGCCCGCGAUCAUUGAUGAACUUUAGACUUCGCUAAUGCUUUCCUUUCCCCGGGUGUAAAUAGCCGGGUGGAUUUAGUACCCUCGCCCGGGCUUACACCCGGAACGGCGCUCCGCGCCGUUGGCUCGGGGAUUAGCAAGACACCAGCGUGUUGCAUCGCCCUCUAUAUAUGCACCCUGGUUGCAAGCUUUAACGUGUAACGCAAAGAAAUGGAUUAUUAAGCUCAGACUAAGAGCAUAUUCGUUACUAAAUACUAAAUAUUUUAUUGUAUUGUAUUGUAUAUUAUAUAGAAAUGUUAUAAAAUCAGGCAAAGAUGAGAUUUGGUUCGAUGAUGUUGACCCAGAUGAUCUUGAGAAAGUCGCCGGCGUAAAACAGAAGAAAUAUUCUGAAGACGACGAUGUACAUACACAUACACGUAAUGAAAUUCGGCAGCAUGAAGUGACGGCGCAGGAACCAAGGUAUACAGACACUACAUGCAGGGGCGCAUAUUCAACAAUUUUCUAGGGGGAGGGUUGGACGAUCUGGGACCCUUGUACCCUACAUCCAG